AUGGCCAUAGGCACCUUAUUAUCUCCUCUAGGCCUGAUUCUGGCCAGUUUUGCUACACAACUUUGGCAUGUCUAUCUGUCGCAGGGUAUUUUGUUCGGCCUUGGAGCGGCCUUUGUCUUCUCUCCUUCGGUCACUCUUCCUUCCCAAUGGUUUACUUCACGCAGAGCCUUGGCUACAGGUAUUGCUGUCAGCGGAUCAGGUAUUGGGGGCGUUUGCAUGUCACCUAUGUCACAAAAUCUUAUACAAAACAUCGGCUACCGCAAUGCUUUACGUGUUCAAGGUUCCUUUGGUUUUGCUCUACUGUGUAUCGCUACCGCUUUGGCGACCUGCAGAUAUCGUCCUCCUUCUUCUGCUAAUGGUAAAGAUAAAUGGUAUCACAUCUUUGAUAGACGUCUAAUCAACCGUAAAUUCGUUUUAUUGUUGUGUUUUGGUUUCUUUGUACCUUUUGGCUAUGUGGCACCCUUCUUUCUGGCUCCGCAAUUUGCCCAAUACAUUGGUCUAGACACAGCUACUGGGGCAGCCAUGAUCUCCGUCAUGUCGGCCGCAAAUGCUAUCUGUCGUAUUUCGCUUGGUUAUCUCGCUGAUCGGAUUGGCAGAUUUAAUACUAUGUUUGCAUUUACUUUUCUAUCUGGCUUAUUUACAAUGGUUAUCUGGCAAUUUUCUAGUAACUAUGCUACCUUCGCUGUCUACUGCGUUUUAUUUGGCUUAACAGCAGGUGGCUUUGUCUCUUUGUUGCCGGUUACUACUGCCGAUAUUGUUGGUGUAGAGAAUAUUCAAAAAGGACUUGGUAUGGCUUACAUGACCACUGUCAUAGGCAACUUGAUAGGGACGCCUAUUAUUGGUCUUUUGUUUAAUACUUUUAGCUGGACAGCUGCCAUACAGUUUGCAGGAUCAAUGACAUUGGCUUCUUCGCUGUUCAUACUGGCUCUAAGAAUGAUGAUGGCCAAAGGGAAGGUUUUUGUCAGUGUGUAG